AUGGAAGAAAUUUUGUAAAUUGUAUUUGAUUUAGGUGAAUAAAAAUAAGUAAAAGUAGAAAAAUAUAAAAGGAAACACUAAAAGUUUAUAGAGAUUCAGAUCCUGUAUAAUUAGCAUAAGAUUUUGUUAAUUAGCAUAAUUUAAAAAAUGAAGCGAUUCCAAUGAUAGAGGAAACAAUUUGGCAUCAUUUGAAACAAAUAACAAUAAAUAAAGCUUAAUAAUAAGAAAAUAUAUUUGAUAGAUUGCAUAAAGAAGCAUAAAUAAAAUAAUAAAGAAAAUAAAUUGAAUUUGCUAAUCAAUAAUUAAGUCAAAGAGUAAAUAUACCAUCACCAGUUAUUAAAUAUAAUCCUGGAGAUAUUUUAUAUUAGAAAGGAAUUUAACAUAAAGAAUAAUUAGAGUAAGUAUAAUAUUGAUUAUUAGACGUUUGUAAGAUUAAAGAAAAAUGGAAUAAUCUUAAAUAGAAUAUCCAUUUAAACCAUUUAUUAGUGAAAGAAGUUAACUUAUAGCAAAGCGACCACAUAAACAAUCAAUGCCAGAUUAUUUAAUGUAGAUGAGAAAAGAUAUUAGUAAACAUAAAGAAUAAAUGAGAACAAGUAGAUACUAAAUAGAAACAUAAGAAUGUUCAUUUAGACCUAAUAUUAAUUAAAUGUAUAAUUAAUUGAUAUAAACAAUGAAGAAGUUAAAAAAUAUUAAUGGAAAAAUCAAAAAAUUCAUAAUCUAAUAUUUAUGAUAGAUUAUAUAAUGAUGGAAUGUAAUCCAAAGUAAAACGUAUGAGUAAUAUGGAAAAUAUUGAAAGUUAAUCAUAAAGUUAGCUAUUAAAUCAAUAGAGUUCAAGAAAACAUAGCAAAACUGAAAUGCCAUUCUUAGAAAGAAUGCAAAUAUCAGUUUUUCAAUAAAGGAAGAAAAAAGAAGCCAUUAAUCCAUAAUAAGAAUAUGAUUAAAGCACAGGAUAAAAACUAUAUCAUCCUUAAAUAUGCAGACCUCCUAUAUCUGUAUAAUAUAUAUAUUUAAUAUUAGCGUAAUGCUGAUCAUCUACCUAUUGGAGAAUAUUUGUAUUAAAUGAGAACAAUCAAAGAAGAUAAAUUUCAUUUUUUAAUAGAAUAAGAUAGAUAGGAUUAAUAAAAUUAAAGAGCAAGAUCUCUUGAUAAGUCAAAUCAAAUUUAUGAAAUCAAAAAAAAAAAGUUUAUUUAUGAAAUCUUUAAUUUAUUAGAUUCAGAUAGUGAUGGACUCAUUUCUGCAUAAAAAAUAGAAAUAUCAUCAAUUAAUUCUGAAAUCUUAUAAAUAUUAACUCCUUUGUUAUGUGAAAUGGAAUAAAUUAAUGCUUAGUUGAAUCAGCAAUAAUUUUAUGAAGCAGCAAACAGACUUAUAUAAACAUUGCCAAUAGUUGAUAGAGAUAAGUUAUUGAAAGGAUUAUCAAGUAAAUAAAAAACUUAACAAGAAGAAUAUUCGUUUUAAGUAUAUCAAUUUUAUGAUAAUAUAGCCUAAAUUAAAUUAAAAUUCAAUGAGAAUUGUCAGUACAAGAUAAAAUCAUUCAGUAAGUAAUCAUAAACAUCAAAUAUACUAAAAAGAUGAGAUGUAAGAAUGUACAUUUAAACCUAAAUUAUAUACUCCACUUAAAAUAUAUGAAUUUAUGCUUAAUUAAUGA